AUGGAAAAGUUAAAGAAAAUGAUGGCCCCGAGUUCCUGGCGUCCCUUAGAUGGGACAGGGGUACUAAGAAUCUCCAGGCGGCAAACAAAAGAAAUUAAAUUUGGAACAUGGAAUGUGAGAAGUUUGAGGAGUCCAGAAAAAGUCUACAACGUAUGCAAAGAAAUGAAACGCUUGAGAAUUGAUAUCUUGGGACUAAGUGAAGUACUGUGGACAGGCAAUAGUAAGAAAAUAAUAGAUGAAGAUUAUACUAUGUAUUACUCUGGUGAUGAAGACUCCUCCAACAAGUACGGAGUAGGAGUGAUCUUAAACACAAAACGCCUUAAUACAACUGUGAGCUUAGUACCCAAAUCAAACCGAACCAUGCUGCUUCAAAUUGAGGCUAAGGCAAGAAACAUCAACAUAAUCCAAGUGUACGCUCCCAUCACUGAUGGUUCAGUGGGGUUCAGACCAAGAUAUUACAGAUUUUUACAAAGAAGUCGAUGA